GCUUAACCAUUGAGAACAGGGGCAACCCAAAGAAACGGUAGGACACAAGUGAAGAACUCUCUGAGCUUCAUCAAGCUUACCUAUUGAGAACAGGGGCAACCCAAAGAAACGGUAGGACAGAGGUGAAGACAAUGACCAGACAAAUCCUUGUCAUUCUUCUAAUUCUUCCUUCACAUGUCUACUGUAGAAUUGAUUCAGAAGAAUGCAUCAGAAAGAAUCCUUACCUAUUCUUUCGGUGGCCAAUUUUUGGAGACCUCAGAAGAGAUGAUUCAACAAAGACAGGAAAGGUCUUGAAAGCAGCGGAUAAUGGGCUUAUGUUGGAUUAUCCACCUGGUGUAGAAUCCUGUGGAGGAAAAUAUCCAAUUUGGAGGAAAGAAAAAAGAAGAAGCAAUGUCUCAGUAGUAUGUGUGCAAAACGAAACCCACACAUGUUCCACAACAUUUGAAAUUGAAACACGGGCAUGUCCCAAUGAUGGUGAGGCCUACCGGAUCGAGACCAAUGUUGCAAGGAGUGUCUUCUGCCUUGCACCUAACUACUGUAGAGGUAAGCCAUGUGCAAAUGGAGGAACAUGUUCUUCAGUCCGUGACGGUUUCACAUGCGCAUGUAGGACAGGAUAUACAGGUCGUACGUGUGAAGGUGACCCUUGUACUGUUUCGACAAGGAUACCAGAAAUAGAGAAAAGAGGACCAGCAAAUACUAUUUUGGGACAAGUCCAAGAUAGUGGCAAUCUAUUGCCUGGGUGGUACGACUCCUUCAACGACACAAGAAUACUGACCAAACCUGUAAUUGGACCGGCAUGUGGGAACACCUUUCCAUAUUAUAUCAGAGAGGUUAGAGGCGACAUUGCAGUGACUUGUGCGGCUUCGCGGAAGUCUGAUUGUUAUUUCGCCUUCAUGGAUACACCGACCCAGAAUUGCAGCGACGGUAGGCAAGUGUACAGGCUGUCAAGUCUCAAUGGGGCAAGCUCGUAUUGUUAUGAUGUAGAUACAUGCAUCAACAAUCCCUGCAUGAAUAACGGGACUUGUGAAGCGAAUGGUGGCACCUUUACCUGCAUCUGCCAACCAGGUUUUAAAGGAACUGAAUGUGAAACAGAAUGCACCCCAAAAAUACUGGACCUGCUCAUCAUAGAGGACAUUUCUACCUCUGUCAAUCAAAGUGAAUAUGAGAAAAUGAAGACCUUUGUGGUGGAUGCCAUGAGCAAGAUAAACAUAAGCUCAGCUGAAACGAACGUGGCUUUCAUGGUUUUCUCGGGAACAGCUGAAGUCGUAUUCCACUUGAAUACAUUCCGUGACAACAAGGCAAGCGUCAUGGCAGCCAUCGGUUCUCAAACACACAAAGGUGGGGAUACAUUCCUCGGAGAUGCCAUCAAACUAGCAACGUCUGAAGUCUUCACGGAAACAAAUGGCGAUCGGUCUGUCGCCGAAAACGUGGUACUUCUCUUCACUGACGGGAAAAGCAGCGCUGGUGAAGAUGUGUACAGUAGCAUUGAUGAGUUGAAAGCUAAAGCGGAAGUGUUUGUGGUGACAGUCACCGCAAAAUCGGACAACACUACCGUCGACUUCGUAGCUUCUUCCCCAGCUCUGAGUCACGUGUUUCACAUCGAUGCUCCUGAAACAGCCAGCAGCAUCAAGAACGUCACCACGGGCGAGACAUGCGCAACGAUACCUCCUGUGUAAAUUGCCACUUCCAAAUAAAUAACUUGCAUAAUAUUGUGAGAUGUUAAAG